UCAUCGACGUGCCUCAUGUUUCGAUGUGGGUUCCAUCUUGAACCCGAAGACGGUCCGCAUUUCGCGAGGAAAUGAUUCUGUUGAUCAGCAACAGUCCAUGUUUUGUUUCGGCAUGGGUUCGGUUGCAGCGCAGUUACCGCCGGACUGGGACAACUCGGCAGCUGAUCUGGCUAAACAACCGUUUGCUGGCGACGCGGUCGAUUACGGAGAGCAAAUAGACGCUCGGCGGUGUGAACGCCGCCCUGCUAUGGAACCGGACCGCAGUAGACCGGCAGUGCGGCCGAGGGACGUCGUCAGGGCCGGCGUAUUUCACGCCGCACGGGUGAUAAGAUCUGAAGAGCGGGAGUAAUUCACAUCGCCACUCAAAAUCCUCGGUAAAGUUCACGGAAGCAAACUGUUUUUGUCCGCGGUCUGCUCGGCGUCGUCGGCGUGGGUGUCAGACUUGAAGGGCAAGCCCCGCCUGGUCACACAAACCUCGACACUCUUUACCUUCUCACCACCACCUUCCCCCUCCUCCUCAUCAAAAAGUCCUCUGUUGACGACAAUGUUUAGGGCUGCUCUCCGUUCAUCUGUGCGCCCCAUCGCGGGCCCAUCUGUCCCACGCGUACCGGCCGUCGCUCAGGUCGUGAAGCGCGCAUAUCACGAGAAGGUUAUCAAUCACUACGAGUCGCCACGCAACGUCGGAUCCCUCAACAAGAACGAUCCAAAUGUUGGAACAGGUCUUGUCGGUGCACCGGCAUGCGGAGACGUCAUGAAGUUACAGAUUAUGGUGGAUGACGAGGGCAUUAUCAAGGAUGUCAAGUUCAAGACAUUUGGCUGUGGUUCUGCCAUCGCAUCCUCGUCCUUCGUUACCGAGCAUAUCAAGGGUCUUAGCCUCGAGCAGGCAGGUCAAGUCAAGAACACUGAGAUAGCCAAGGAACUCUCCCUCCCUCCCGUCAAACUCCAUUGCUCCAUGCUCGCUGAGGAUGCCAUCCGCGCGGCCAUCCGGGAUUACAAGACCAAGCGUUCGAAGCUUACCGCAACAGGUCCCAUCCCAGAGGCACAGCCUGAGGUCGCCAUGGCGUGAAAACGCUGCUCAAUCCUCAAUCUUCACGUCUUACAUCCGCGUCCUUCCAACCCGCAAUAUCCCCCGUCCUCUAUCCGAUCCCCCAAUGUCCCGUCAGUUCCAAGUUCCGAAACAUUAUGUAGCAUGGUUUUACGGUAUUCUUAGCAAUCAGGUUUGUCUUUAGGCGUGAGGCAUUAGGGCUCAGGUGUUGAGGGAAAUGGCAUGCAUCAUUGUUCUUACUGUCUUCAUCGUGGAGUGACGGAUGCUGAGGAGUGGUCCGUGCGUCGUCCCAUGGAAGCUGAUUCUGGUCGCGCUGCCGGCCACUGUACAGUACUACAUUUAUGCUCUAUGCCACAAUGAGGAAAACUGGGUUCAACACC